AUGUUUUAUUUUCUAAUUAAGUAUGAGAAACCAUUUCUUCUUACAGGAUUGGAAGGGCAGCGGAGAAGAAAUAGACAGAGAUCACGAUGUGAACAGGGUAGUUGUUACCCAGCAACGGGAGAUUUACUGAUUGGACGUGAAGAUUAUUUAUCAGCCUCCUCUACGUGUGGUGCAGAGCGUCCAGAAAGAUUCUGUGUUGUCAGUUAUUUAGAAAAAGACACUAAAUGUUUUCAGUGUGAUUCUCGUCAGCCAUGGAGAGAGGGUUUCAAUGAACGUAGUCAUAAAAUAUCAAACAUUGUAUCAUCAUUCAAAGACAGACGUAACCGUUGGUGGCAAGCUAGAAACGGUGAACAAGAUGUAACUGUUCAGUUAGACUUGGAGGCCGAAUUUCAUUUCACUCAUUUAAUUAUGACAUUUAAGACCUUUAGACCAAAAGCAUUACUCAUUGAAAGAUCAUACGAUUUUGGUAAAACAUGGAAAGUGUAUCGUUAUUUUGCUCAGGAUUGUGCUCGUUCUUUCCCUGGUGUUCCACGUGGACCUGUUCGUUCAUUAACUGAUGUUAUUUGUGUUCAGAGAUAUUCAGCAGAAACACCUUCAACAGAGGGAGAGGUUAUUUUCCGUGUAUUACCUCCAUUUAUUAGAGUAGAUGAUCCAUACAGUGAGAAAGUUCAAGAUUUAUUGAAAUUAACUAAUUUACGUGUCAACUUAACAGAAUUACAUACAUUAGGUGAUACAUUAUUAGAUUCUAGACCUGAAAUUAAAGAGAAAUAUUACUAUUCUAUGUAUGAUAUGACUGUAAGAGGUAGUUGUUCUUGUUAUGGUCAUGCUGCAAGAUGUUUACCUGUUCCUGGCUAUGAUACCAGACCUGAUAUGGUUCAUGGUCAAUGUGAAUGUCAACAUAAUACUAAAGGUUUAAAUUGUGAGAUGUGUCAGGAUUUUUAUAAUGAUUUACCCUGGAGACCAGCUAGACAGAAUCAACCUAAUUCUUGUAAACGGUGCAACUGUAAUAAUCAUGCUACCCAAUGUCAUUUUGAUUCGGCUGUAUAUGAGGCUACUGGUAGAAUAAGUGGUGGUGUUUGUGAUCAGUGUCAACAUAAUACACAGGGUAGAAACUGCCAGGAAUGUGCCACAUUCUAUUAUCAAGAUCCUAAUAGAGAUAUACGAGAUCCUGAAAUCUGUCAACCCUGUGACUGUGAUCCAUCUGGUUCAGAAUUAAAUGGUGAAUGUGAUGCUAGAACUGAUGAAUUGGCUGGUCUAGAAGCUGGUAAAUGUUAUUGUAAGAAAUAUGCCACUGGAUCAAGAUGUGAUAAAUGUAUUGAUAAUUAUUGGAAUUUAUUACAAGAAAAUCCUGAAGGCUGUGAAGCAUGUACAUGUAAUGCUAUAGGUACUAUUGGAGAUUUUGGAUGUGAUCAAGUAACUGGAUUAUGCCGAUGUAAACGUUAUGUUACUGGUAGAAAUUGUGAUGCUUGUUAUCCAGGAUUUUUUGGAUUAAGUGCCAAGGAUUAUGGAUGUGAUCCAUGUGAUUGUGAUAUCGGUGGAUCAUUAAGUGAGACAUGUGAUCAGGCUAGUGGACAGUGUCAGUGUCGACCUAAUAUAGUAGGACGUCAAUGUGAUCAGCCAUUCCCUGGAUAUUACUAUGCUGGACUAGAUUAUUAUCUAUAUGAAGGUGAACAUGGUCAAGCCUCUGGUAAUGGUAGAGUAUAUCUUCGUGAACCUAUACCUGAUGCUAAGUACUGGACUGGUACAGGUUAUAUGUUAUUAACAGAAGGAGAUAGUAUGGAAAUUAUGUUUAGUAAUAUAGAUUUCCCUAUGUAUUAUGACUUAGUAUUACGUUAUGAUCCAAGGAUGCCUGAAGCCUGGAGUGAUGUACGUAUAACAGUAAUAAGAGAUGAACCUAUUGAUCCUAAUGGACUAUGUGCUAGAUAUAAUCCUGCUGAUGAUGUCAAAACUGUUCGACUUCAACCAAGUAACAGAUUUAUUAGUGUAUCACCACCAACUUGUUUUGAACCUGGUAAAAAAUACACUAUUAGAAUAGAUCUCAAUAGAUAUAAAGAGGGAGAAUCUACUCCACAAGCUACUGUAUUAAUUGAUUCAAUCUUAUUGGUACCUAAUACAGACAGUAUACCAAUAUUUCAAGGACCAGGUUUACCUCUAUAUUUGAAGAACCAAUUUACACGAUAUCGAUGUGAUCAAGUACAACUGGGUUCACUACAGUCUAAUAUACCUGAUGAGUGUAAAAAACAUUAUUUCAUUUUAUGUCAUUACCUUACAAUUAUAAUUUCAGCAUGUGAUUGUGAUUUGACUGGAUCAUUAAGUCGUGACUGUGAACCACUAGGUGGACAGUGUCAAUGUAAACCUAAUGUAGUAGGUAGAAGAUGUGACCAGUGUGCUCCAGGAACUUAUGGUUUCGGUCCUAGUGGUUGCCAACCCUGUAAUUGUAAUGAUAUUGGAGCAUUAGAUAAUUUCUGUAAUGGUACCAGUGGACAAUGUUCCUGUGCUGAUAAUGUUGGUGGACAGACAUGUGAUGUUUGUAUUCCUGGUAAUUGGGGAUUUCCACAGUGUCGUGCCUGUCAGUGUAAUGGACAUGCUGAAACGUGUGAUAAUUUAUCUGGAAGAUGUAUAAACUGUCAAGAUAAUACCCAGGGUGAUUACUGUGAAAGAUGUUUAGAUUUUUACUAUGGUGAACCAAGAGGUGCUCGUAUACCAUGUCAACCCUGUAUGUGUCCUGGAGGUCCUAAUAGCACAUUGAACCAUGCUGACCAGUGUUCUCUAGAUCCUAGAUCUCGCUCUUUUAUUUGUGACUGUAAACUUGGAUAUCAGAGACCAAAUUGUGAGAUAUGUGAAGAGAAUUAUUAUGGUAAUCCAUUACAAGAAGGUGGUAGUUGUCAGAGAUGUAUUUGUAAUAAUAAUAUAGAUUUUGCUAUGCCUGGAAGCUGUGAUAGAUCUACUGGAGAAUGUUUAAAAUGUCUGUAUAAUACAGAGGGAUAUAAUUGUGAACUCUGUACAGCAGGAUAUUUUGGUGAAGCUUCAGAACAGAACUGUAAACAAUGUGUGUGUUCAUCAUUAGGAACAGAUAUGAGUCUGGGAGAAUGUGAUCGUAAUAAUGGUCAAUGUCCAUGUCUACCUAAUGUUAUUGGUCAGGAAUGUGAUAGAUGUGCUGUAGGUUAUUAUAAUCUGUCUAGCGGAGUAGGUUGUUCAGCUUGUAACUGUGAUCCUACUGGUUCUAAUUCUCUAGAGUGUAAUCAGAUUGAUGGACAAUGUGAUUGUAAAGAUGAUAGAGGUGGAAGAACUUGUAGUGAUUGUGCUGAUUUGUUAUAUGGCGAUCCUAGAGACCAGUGUUAUGAUUGUGCCUGUGAUAGACGUGGCUCCAGAUCAUUACAGUGUGACAGACGUACAGGACAGUGUGAAUGUGUCAGAGGUGUAACAGGGUUAAAAUGUGACCGUUGUGCUCGAGGAACUACUGGUGAACUACCAUAUUGUGUACCUUGUGGAGAAUGUUUUGAUAACUGGGACAGGAUCAUCCGAGUUUUAAGAGACCAGACAGCUAGUCUAGUAGAGACAGCAAGCAACAUACAGUCUACUGGUGCUAUUAAAGCCUUUGAUACAGAGUUUAAACAGAUGCAGAGCAAUAUCAAUGAGAUACAGAGUAUUAUAUCUAGCUCUAAUUUAACACAAGUUGAUGUUAGAGAUAUAGAAACAAUGUUAGAUUAUAUCAGACGUAAUCUAACAGAGAACAGUAAAUCUAUUAAUAAUGUGGAUGAAGAAUUAAGUAAUACAACAGCUAGAGUACAGAUUGGUAAUACUAGAAUUGGUGUAUUGAAACAACAGGUAGCUGAUUUAAAAGAUUUGGCUGAACGACUCCGGGCUAAUGCAACUGAUAUCCAGGCUAGAGAUGUAGAAGGAGCAUUGAAUAUUACCCGUGAAGCUGAAAGACGGUCCCAAGAUGCUCAGAGGCUGGUAGACAGUACCUCACCAUUAUUGACUGAUUCUGAACGAACUAGAAGAAGAGUAGAAGAUCUUAUUUCCCAGAAUGGAGCUCAAUUUGAUGAUAAAUUAAAGAGAAAUAAAGCUGAAUUAGAUAAAUUGGAUAAUAAGGUCACUGAUCUAGGAGGCAGAAUUGCAAACAUUAACAACAUGGUUUGUGGUAAACCAGGUGAUCCAUGUGAUGUAUUUUGUGGUGGAGGAGGAUGUAAUAAAUGUGGUGGUAGUAAUUGUGGAGAUGGUGCUGUCACUAAGGCUGAAAGUGCUCUAGACUUGGCCAAUCAGGCAGCAGAAGUUUUAAAAAUCAAAGAAGCUGAAGCUGAAGACCUACUCAGUGAUGUUCGAGAAGCUAAGAGAGGAGCAGAAGAAGCUAAGGAUGAUGCUCAAAUGGCCUACGAUGUAGCUGUUAGUGCUAAAAACCAGUCUGAAUCUGUACGCACCAAUCUUGAAGACUUAUUGAAUAGAAUCAGUGACUUCUUACAACCACAGAGAGCUAGUCCAAAUGAUGUCAAAAAGAUUGCUGCAGAGAUUAUGGAUAUGAGUAUAUCUUUAACACCUAAACAAAUAGAAGAUUUAGCUAGUAAAAUUAAUCAAACUAUACAAGGCCUCCAGAAUAUAGACAGUAUCCUAGUUGAUACAAGAGAUGAUUUAAAUCAAGCCCGGAGAUUGAAACAGCGAGCUGAUAAUGCCUCACUGGAUGCUAAUGCCAUAUUGAAGACAGCUCAAGAGGUAUUAAGUGCUUUAAAUGGUGCCAAGAAUGCACAAGAAGAAGCAUCUAAAGCCAUCACACAAGCUCAGACUGAUAUUAAAGAUGCUGAAGCUGAUUUGACAAUGAUUGAAUCAGAGACAGCCUCAGCAGCAGAUAAAUCUAAUGUUAGUUUAGCUAUCAUUGGAAAAUUAAAAGAAAGGUUAAAUGAACUUCGACUCAAGUUCACACAAAAUGAUCUUAAUGUGAAGAGAGCUGAAGAAGCAGCCCAGAUGGCAGUUGAUUUGGCUAAUAAAGCUGAGAGGGAUGCCAAUGAUUUAACCAAUAAAUAUCAGGAUGCUUCCAACCAAUUAAAUCAGGACUAUGAUUCUACAACUGAGUCCCAGAAACGAGCUAAGCGUUUAAUGGAAAGAGCAGAUCUCUUAGCUAAAAAUACACAAGAAAAACAUAAUAAACUUAAAAAAAUUCAAGGUGAAUUUGAUGAAAACCAGAAAAAUUUAGUAGAAUUGUCUAAUUUGAUAGAUGAAUUGAAUAGACGUAUGGAAAUAUACCUAAUGGAAAUUCAAGACAAGGCAAAAUAUUAUCGAGAUUGUUAAAUCCUUGAUAAGGUUAUCCAGACACCUGUUAGGAACUUUUGUGGAGAUGAACAUCCAGUCUUAAACUACUGAAUGAUAUUAUAUUGUGCCAAGGAGACAUUCAAAUGAUUUGUUAACAAUCAAAGAUAUAUUUUAUAAUCCGGCCAUUGAUUUCAGAUCCAGACACAAUUAAGUUGUGGAAAAUAAUGAUCUAGGGAUCUGAAGAGAAUGCUUGCCGUUACAUUGUCGUUGUUUUGAUGAUUGGUUAAAUUCUGCAGAUGUAGGACACAACAGAUAUUGUUAAAUAUUGAUCAAAACAUGAUUCAUAAUUGUAAUUAAAAAAAUAUAUGCAUGCCUUUUUUUAAUUUUACUCAUAUUUUCUUUUUUCAUUACUUAAUUUACAAAUUUUAAUUGCUCCAGUUUUUUUUAUAAUCUAUUUGUAUUUUUAACAUCAUAUUGAAAUAUUUUGUGUAUAUAUUAAUAUGUUUGUUUUGUAUUGUUUGUGAACUAUUUAUAUCACAAGUGUCAUCUGUCAAUGUAUAGGCCAGUAAUUGUCUAUUCACUUUCUUACCUCAAUCAGUUGAAAACCUUAUUCUUUGUGAGAUUGGCCUUCUCAGUGUAACUUAAUUUGUCUUUGUUAUCAUGCUCAAAAAAGUGUGGCAAAGUCUAGGAAGAAGUUAUAUAUCGGGUAUUUUUUUUUUUGGUAAAGAGUUAAUUUUUGUCACCUUGAAAAUAUUUCUGGUUAAAAAAUAACACAAUAUCAGGUUCUUGACAUUUUAAUAUUAAGGUAGCUGUAGAUCACAUACAAUGUAUUUACUCUUUAUUAUUAUUCAUUUUCAUAUAAAUAGCAUUAUCGUUUUCUUUAACACAUAAUAACUUGAUUGAAAAUACAACUAAGAUGAUGAUAAAACAUUCAAAUCCAUCUUUGUAUGUUUGUGCCAUAUGUAUUGAUCUACAGAACUUGAUAAUAAAGCAGGGUUGUGCUUCUGAUUUAGAUAAAAUACACCAUUGAUAUUUAAGACGCAUACCAGAAAAAUUGACAAGAGAAAACUGAUAUAUUAAAUAACAGUUCAAUGACUCCAUUACUAACAAUUUGAGAACUUAAAUAUUGUAUUGAGCAGUGGCACUGAAAAUCUUUUUUUUUUUUUAUUCCUUACAAAAUAAAUACUCUAAUUGAAAUCAUACCUCAUUACUCAUAUAAGUUAGCCAUUAGAUCUACUGUAGUUCAAUCUUUAUAGUAUAUGCUUUUAUUUUGAGUCCUGCUGUACAUUCAUGAGGUAUACUAAUGCACCCUGUACUUUUAACAUAGUUUGCAUCUCAAUUGCUGAAAAUGCUUGGUAAAAAUUAGUUUUUCUUGCACAAACAGAUACAAUUUAUUUGGUAUUAAAAUCACUGGUGUUUUGUAUUUGAUGUAUAAGUAGUGUACAAUGGUAUACUAAUAUAUUUGUAAAUAAUAUUUAGUGCUAGGUUAAAUGUAUUUGUGUAGUUUUAUAAUGUAGUGAUAGAGCUUUUCAUACUAGUGUUCGCCAAUAUUGUUUUAGUGGUAGUGUUGUUUUAAUAUAAUUGUAUAGUUUCUACUAUAGUCAUGUUUAGAGCACUUAAAAUACGUCUUGGCUUACAAGUGAAAGCAAUGCCUAAGUCAUAUACCAUGCCGUAUUCCCAGGGCAAUUACAGUAUUGAACAUUAGUCCCCCAAUUUAACUUACAAAUCCUCUCAAUUUGAUAGAUAUACCAGAUGAAAUGAUAAAAUUUGGCACAGGUUUUUGAUAGAUUCCUUUAAUAUGAUGUAAGGGAUAUUGGGAUUAGCUUUUUAAAGGGAAUAAAUGUUUUCAAUUUUAUCAUGCAAGACGAACAAUCCAAAAUAAUUAAGCAUAAUGAAUCUUGUUUUUUGUAAAUGUAUAUUAACUUGUCAUGUGUCAUUUUCAAUUUAUAUUUGCCGAAUCUCUUUGGUUUCUUCAAAUUAUUGUGGACAAAAUUAAACAAUGAUAUCUAUGUGUUAAUAAUUAGUGCAUUAUUUUAUAAUUUUUAUAUCAAAAUAAAAAUCUUAUCUUCAAA